AUGACGGCAGCGAUGAAGACGAAGAAGCGCGUUUUGACGUUCAUCGUUGCUGCUGGAUCCGCGGCUUGGGGGAGCGCCGUACGUCCAGUCGAGAACUUGCGACAGGAUGGGGAGCGUUUACGGGCUAACGACCACACAAAGGAGGGGAAUGUACCAUCGCGCAAGCACAUUUCAGCAGCGCGUAAACGUGCUGAGGCCUUUAACUCGGCUGCUUAUUUGUCAGCGUGA